AUGGCUACUGCUAGAGAUUUCCCCAAGAUCAAGGCCAUAAGGUCAUUCAUCAUUGGUGGUGUUGGAUCAGGUGGUGACUAUCACAACGUCAAGGGCGGUCACUGGCUCAUUGACAGCGAUAUCUCAACACCUUGCUCGAGAUGGGAGCAGUACAAGAAGUCUCGAACCAGCUGGGGCAUCAACGUGCUUGGCUCGUUCCUGGUUGAGAUUGAGGCUACGGAUGGCACUGUUGGCUUUGCUACUGGCUUUGGAGGUCCCCCUGCUUGCUGGCUCGUCCACCAACACUUCGAGCGUUUCCUCAUCGGUGCCGACCCCCGCAACACCAACCUUCUCUUCGAGCAGAUGUACCGUGCAUCCAUGUUCUAUGGCCGCAAGGGUCUGCCAAUCGCCGUCAUUUCCGUCAUCGACCUUGCCCUCUGGGAUCUUCUGGGCAAGGUGCGCAACGAGCCCGUCUACCGUCUCAUUGGUGGAGCUACAAAGGAGCGCCUCGACUUCUACUGCACCGGCCCCGAGCCCACAGCCGCCAAGGCCAUGGGAUUCUGGGGAGCCAAGGUCCCCCUGCCCUUCUGCCCCGAUGAUGGUCACGAGGGUCUGCGCAAGAACGUCGAGUUCCUCCGCAAGCACCGUGAGGCCGUCGGCCCCGACUUCCCCAUCAUGGUCGACUGCUACAUGAGUCUCAACGUCUCUUACACAAUCGAGAUCGUCAAGGCGACUCUGGAUCUCAACAUCAACUGGUGGGAGGAGUGCCUGUCUCCCGAUGACACUGACGGCUUCGCUCUGAUCAAGCGAGCUCACCCUCAGGUCAAGUUCACCACUGGUGAGCAUGAGUAUUCGCGAUUUGGUUUCCGCAAGCUCAUCGAGGACCGCAACCUGGACAUCAUCCAGCCCGAUGUCAUGUGGCUCGGUGGUCUGACUGAGCUCCUCAAGGUCGCCGCUCAUGCUGCCGCCUAUGACAUUCCCAUCGUUCCUCACGCCAGUGGCCCUUACAGCUACCACUUCCAGAUCUCUCAGCCCAACACCCCCUUCCAGGAGUACCUUGCCAACUCUCCUGAUGGCAAGAGCGUGCUGCCCGUGUUUGGUGAUCUCUUCAUCGAUGAGCCCAUCCCCACCAAGGGCUUCCUGACAACGGCGGACCUGGACAAGCCCGGUUUCGGUCUGACCCUCAACCCGGCUGCCCGAGCCAAGCUGAUUCCCAGCGACUACCUACUCAAGAUGCCCGCUGUCCCUACCCUGGCUCCCCCCAGCCCUCCCAACGAGAAGGAGGAGGAGAAGUCAGAGACCAAGGAAGAGUCCAAGCCCAACGGUGUUGUUGAGCAGCUUGCGGCCAAGGUCGAGGGCCUCACCACCUCAACGGCUGCUUAAAUGGCCGGAUCGCUAGAGGAUAUUAUACCUUGGUAUGGAUCCAGCAUACGCUUCUAGUACUCACCCAGGAUUUGUGGUCGCAGUCAAUGUUUCAAUGCGAUCGCAUGAUGAGGGUCCGGAUGGGGAAGAAAGACUUGGGUAUAAACCGUUGCAUACACAAAGUACAGUGUUUUGCCUGACCUGCAAAAGGGUUUCGAAUUAUCUAGGCAUGAGAUUUGCAUUGCAUUUUAUAGUUUUGGGAUGAUUUCAAAGAUACGAAGCAUUUCCAUAGAGUGAAUUGAAAAACACGUUAAAAAGAUGUGACUCUGUUUAACUAUAGUGAGAUGGAUAAUUAGAUGUAAAGUUAAGUUAAGAAA